CCAAGUUUCCAACACUCAAGCAGAAUCACUUCUUUCAUCAUCCUCGAACGUCCCUUGCUUUUACAAAAUGUCUCAGAGAAUCUCAUGCCAAAUGUGUGGAGGACGCGGCUGCAGACUCUGUCAAAAGAGCACGUCCAACUACCUACCAAGCAAUUUGGAUAAGUCACAUCCUCAUUCGAAGACAGGACAAAGAAGCUCCAGCAAGCAAAGCUCCUCUCGCCCAUCUUCAAGCAGGACUUUCGGAUCUACUUCUGACAGACGGACCGCGCAUACAGCCUCAUCCGGACAAUCGCAAGAGAAAUGGGAGGCUGCAGCUGCGUCAGGUGCUAGCCAAAAAUCGUCCUUUACCACAGCAUACGACAUCAAGAUGGCAUCUCGUCAAAUACAUAUGAACAAGCUCAAGGGCAAGGAACGGGAAGAGCAAGAGCAAUGGGCUCAAUCCAAACUUCAGAGUGGAGACCUGGCACCGUGUCCGGCCGGAUUCCGAUGGCUCAGAAGUGCCAGUGAUGAAGGUUACCGCUGUGCGGCCCGUAACCAUUUCAUACCUGACGAGCUUCUGGCCGAAGGUAAAGGACGGUGUUACAUGCGUAUACUGACAACUCCGUUCCUCAAGCCACCUACAUUUCCAGGAGCAGAGAAAAGACAAUUUGACGGGGAAUGGUGGAUUGGUCCACAUUUGUUUCCUCGAAUUACCUACCAUCCGUUGCCCAGAACCUUGGGAAACAUGCCACUGAACAACCCUUUCAUGAAUCAAACCCGCUAG